AUGGAGGAUGAUGAAAAGGGUAAGAAACCCAUGAAGCGAAUUGAGAACAAGAAAGCUCUGAGAGUUACUUACAAGAAGAGAAAGGACUGUGUUAUCAAGAAGACAAUGGAGCUCUCGAUUCUCUGCGGUAUCAAUGUCUUCACACUCUGUUUCGGCCCCAAUGGAAAGGUCGACACGUGGCCCCAAAACCCAAACGAAGUGAAGGCUCUGAUCAGGAUGUACAAAGAUUCUGCUAAGAAAAGCCCGUUGCCAAGAAAGUUUUGGUGGGGGAAUGAGGAUGGUUAUGGUUGGCUUGAUGGGUUAUCAGCAGAGUCGGUGAUGAGUUUCUUGGGAAAGUUGGAUUCAAAAUUGGAGGUUUUGAAAGCAAGAAUUGAGUUCUUGAAGAUGGUGAAUGAGCAGAAAAACAGCGUAGUGGUAAUGGGGAAAGAAACAGAGAAUUCAACUGAAUUUUACCAACCACAACCACAACCACAACAACAAGAUACUCAACUGAAUUUUGAGAUGGAGAACCUUUCAAUGUUGCUUGACCUUUGUUACCAAUACCAAUCUAGCAUUUUUUGA